AUCCGGGUACUGUACUUGAUUCCACUUGGCCCGAUGGACGCAUCCUCCGAGAGCAGCAGCGACGAAGCGAAGCCGGAGCAGCGCGUUCGGGAUGCUGCAGCUGAGACUCUGUGGACCUGGGCAUGCCUCCCUGACAGUGCUGAUGCGCGCCAUAGAUUUGAUGACCACGCCUCCGAUUCUCUCGCGUGCACCGUGGGCGGGAGACGAUUCCGCGUGGCGCAGAAUCGCGCACGGCAAGGAGAGCUCGGAGUGACCGGCUGCUGUGUGUGGGACGCAGCCGUGGUCCUUGCGAGGUAUUUGGAGUGGUGCGAGGAGCUUCGCAGCAGUGGCCGCUGUGCCGAAGAGGCAGCCGCUGACUUGGAUGCAGUCUUCGGACGCCGAUGCUUGGAGCUGGGUGCAGGCUGCGGCCUCCUUGGUCUUGCAGCCGCCGCGCUGGGGGGCCUCGUGACGCUCACGGACCGCGAGGAAACGAUAUCCUUGCUGGAGCGAAACACGGCAGACUUCAUCCAGGAGCACUGCCAGAAGAGUUCAUCCAUAUCCUCGAGGCCUCGUCGAAAAAAUGGAAAGGCGCCGGCCCUCGGCACUGCCACGGCGCCUUGUGCCGAGGAAGCUCCGCGGGCUGCGCUGUUGGAUUGGAGCGAGCCCGUCGAUGAGCAGCUUCUCGAUAGCCCGGACGAGAAGUUCGAGGUUAUUCUAGCUGCCGAUUGCCUGUACUCCUUGGAUGGCGCAGAGGCUCUGGCGUCGGUAGUGAAUCAACUUUGUCAUGGGGAAGGCGUGGCCACAAGCGCUAGGGUGCUCCUGGCGCAGGAGCUUCGCGCGCCCGAGGCCACCGGUUUAGGGUUUAGGGUUUAG